AUGCAAUCCCUACUUUUGGAUGGUUUUCUUAAUCAAAUAUCCCCUAAAGAGCUACUGAAAAUAGAGACAGAGGCCUCAUAUAAUGACCUGAGCCUGAUAUCUGAUGAUUCGUUGAAUACUGCAACUAGCAAUGUCAAAUUUUCUCAAGGGUUCAAGUUUGACAGUCAACCUCACAAGAAUUCCAUAUCAUGUUUAGACUUGGAAACUAUGAACAGUCAAUUCUUACUUUCCGGGAGUACUGAUAGCUCGUUGAAACUAUGGAACAUUCGGCUGUUGCAAGAAAAUAAACAAACCGACGAUUAUCAAUGGCAAAGAUUCUACCAUUUCAAAAGACAACAUUUGCAAAGCGUUACCAACUUGGUGUCGGUACCCAGAAAGACAAUCCACGACUUUGGCAUCUCACACCUUCAGUGGUGGCCAUUUGAUCCUGGAAUGUUUGUUACUGGAUCUUAUGAUAACAGCGUGAAGGUGUUUGAUACGGAGAACUUUGAACAAGUUUUCUCGUUUGAUUUGAAAAAUAAGGUCUACAAUUUUGAUAUCAAUGCUACAGGCCAACAUGUAUUAGUUGGGGUAGCAUCAGAAUCUCCCAUGGUUAAGUUACUAGAUCUUCGAACUACAUCUGAUUCUCAUAUAUUGAUGGGCCAUAAAUCUACUGUUUUGUCUGUGAAGUGGUCCCCAACUGAUUCGAAUAUAAUCGCCACCGGAGAUAUUCUCGGAAAGAUUAACUUGUGGGAUAUUCGACGAAGCAAAUCAUGUGUCUGUGAGCUUGACCAAUAUAACACUACAGGAAACCCAAAUCCGAGUAGCAGUGCCGUGGAAACGGUUAAAGCUCACCAAGGUGCUGUAAAUGGUAUCCAAUUUAACGAGCUUGGUUCUAAGCUAGUUAGUUGUGGAUUAGACGAAAAAAUCAGAUCAUGGGAUUUAACUCAACCAGGAGGCGUUAAUGAGCUCUUGAAUUUUGGCCCUCUCAUCAGAAACAAAUCUCACCAAUAUAAGAAAUUCAUACUUUCACCCAGCACAGAAACGGAUCUUCAAUUUUUGCUAUUUCCCAACGACAAUGGAGAACUUCUAGUUUACCGCCUAGCUAAUGGGAAGUUAGUGAAACGACUGACUAAAGGCAAUAAGGUUAACCUCAAAUUAAACUCCAUUGUCUACACUGGUUUCUCGUCAGCCACAUACAUAACUGGAGAUUCAAAAGGGAAUCUCGACGUUUGGGGUCCAGAAUCAGAGUAUGAAAUUCAUCAAAACGAUGGCGAGGCAGAGAGAAGCGAAGACCGAAAUGUGUUAGAUGACAUCAACGAUGAGUUAAUCGCUCGCAAGAAGAUGAAGACCAACCCGUUCUAA